AUGGCCGAGUCGCGGGAGUCACAGCACUCGCUUCUGCCCUCGGAGGAAGACCUCGUUACUGCGAAACCCCAGCGCUCGUGGAACCCACUCGGCGGUCGCUCCUCACUCAGCAGCGAAUACGCUUAUCUGCCGCCAGCCUCCAGACAUGAAAGCUUCUCCGAGGAAGUGUUUCGGGAGGUGGGAUUAGGUAUCACUGACCCCUCCGGCGAUGCGCUCCCUACCCGAGGCAAACGCGAUUCGAUCUCCAGCGCUGGCAGCGAGAACACUCCAAUGACCCCAGGCUUCUUGAAAACGCCUCAAGGAACACCGGCCAUUUUACAUUCACAUCACUCACCAGGGAAUUGCCCCACUCGAGCGACAGUCCUCCAAAGCCGGUUCUCGUGGGUGCCAGUGACGAUAUUCGUCUUGGCAUUUUAUGCAACCGUUUUCUCGGGCAUAUAUCUCGCCAUCGCAAUUCGAAAACCGAGGUGGAAUAAUGUCAGCAGCGAUGGCUCCCUGGCCCCGUCGACGGCAAAUUUGCUCUGUGCAUUCUUUGCCAAAACUAUUGAACUGGCCUACGUUACGAUAUGCGUCGCUUUCCUCGGCCAGGUUCUGAGUCGGCGAGCACUAACGAAGGACUCGCGGGGAAUCAGCAUAUCGGACAUGAAUAUGAGAGCAUGGAUCAUGCAGCCUGGGUCAAUGAUCGUGCACUGGGAGACCCUGCGGUACUCAGCCCUCACCUUCUUGGGUGCCAUCGCAUUGGUCGCAACCUUUGUAGCGAUGCUUUACACAACGGCGGCCGAAGCUUUAGUAUCUCCAAAACUCUCGAUGGGCCCGAUAGUCGACACCACUCUCGCGGGUAAAGUUUACUCCAGCUUCGGCAAUGUGGAAUAUCUUUCGUUGAAUUGUAAAAGCCCAAUUCCACAAUCGAUGGACCCGUAUGCCCGCAACGAUACCUGUCUUCAGAUGGUUAACGUGGGUCAAGCAUACCACAAUUACGAGCAGUGGAUCAUUAAAUGGGCCGACUUCAUUGGUAGUGGGAACGACACCUCGAAUCGCCUUCAGACUCGACCAAUGCCCACCGGUUCAAUGUGGGAUAAUACCACAAUUACAGGCAGCUGGAUUGAAAUGACGAACCUGACCGAUCUGACUCAGAAGUAUGGUCGUAUGGUCAACAAUAUCACGAUGGCAAUGCCACAUGGUGGGAUACCCGCCGCGGCUAUGGAUGAGAAGAAUGAUAUCCACCAGCCUCAGGACGUUUCGGGCGAGGGCAAAUACAGCCUUGAGGCUUCAGUACCUUCGCCCGCCGUCAACGUGCUCUGUGUCGGCAUGAACAAAUCCGAGCUUUCGCCCUUGAUUUACUCCGAGUGGCCAAACGUGCACUUCAACGCAACAACAUGGAGCGCUAAUCCGCCAGAAGACAUUCCCCGAACCCCAUCCUGGCUCAACAGAACCGUCGUGGAUGAUAUAUUUGGAUUCGGUAAGAAAUAUGGCCAGCGACCUCCCAUCUUCGGCACCUACCCGGGAUCCAACAACACCAUCCUGAACACGACGGGUCUCUCGCCAGCGAACGCAAUCUACCUACUUGGAAAGCCAAGCGUUUCGCAACCAGAAUAUGUGAUGUGCGCUAUCCGCGCCAAAGAGACUGGCGUCUGCUCAACGCGCUACGUCGCAGCGUCCAGCGGAGCUUUCCUCAGCUCCAAUUGUGAAAAUAGGACGAAUCUUCUCCAAUACAGCCGAAAGCAGAAAAACUUCACCGAGGGUGUCUGGCAAGCAGACUGGAAGAAUGUUGCCGGCGAAUGGGCCCCCUCGCUCAGCUUGGGUUCGGGAAUUACCAACGCGCAAGCAAGUAACGCGCGUCUCCUCAUGCAAAUGAUGCCUACGUACGACAACGAUACCAAAACAUAUUCCCUCAAUCCAUCACUUCCCUCGGUCGGAGAAGCUCUUGCGGUGAUGGCUGGCAGCACGCUCAUUCUCUCCUCUGAAAAUGCCCCCUUCGUUCACUUCUUCAACUACACCGUUGAUAACGACAUCCUCACCGAACCGGUAUAUCAGUACUUCCCGGCCUCUUUGCAAGAAGUAGGCUACGCGUCCGGUGGUACCGAGCGCUGGCAAGGUGUCUUCUACGUGAUUCUCGUGUUUGCCUUCCUGACCUCGUUCAUUUGUCUGAUCUUCGUCAUCGUCGAAGCACGCGGUCAUCAAAUUACGGACUUCACCGAGCCGCAGAAUCUUUUUGCCAUUGCUGUGAAUAGCCCCCAGUCGUCGCAACUGCACGGUGCAUGUGGAGGUGGCCCCGUUGGUCGGCAAAUGAAGGAGAGAUGGUUUAUUGGCAUGGACGAGACAGAUGCACACUACUACAUUCGAGCAAAAAAGGAUGGACAGAGUCCGUACACGGAAGGUAGAUCUACGGGGUACCAAGGGCUCGAGCCGAUGGAGGUUGACGAUGGAAGUGGCAGUUUGAAGGCUGUUAGUCCGGCGGUGGAUGAGUUCCGUCGGGUCUCGAAACGGUCUUCAUUUUUGGCGAAACUUUAUUAA